GUCCUCGAGGUUGGUGGACAUGCUUCCACCCUGCGUAGUUUGGUUGCAUUCCGCAUCACGCACAAUGAAAUAGUCAUGCGCCCCCAUCCCAGACCGCAGACCAAAAGAGCUCUGCCCACCAUCAGGGAGGGCUAUGAGGAACUGGUCCAUGAUAUGAACCAGGCCAACAGCCUUCACACCCCUACUCAGUCCCAGGCCCAGCCCCAGUUCCAUCCCUUGUCAACACAGGACUACUUCCGGUCCAUUUGCCAGCUGGCCUGCCCAGCUUUUGUGCCCGACUUAGACAUUCUAACAGUCGGCUUUCUCGACUCGCUCGGGCCUUGCCUCCGACUUCACAGACCCAGAGAGACGACGCCGUCUCCCAGACAGCCCCUGUUCCAAACAGCCAUCGAACCAUUGCAAGAGGAGGGUCCAAGCCAGGAUUGUAGGCCCCAGAGAGAGAGCAGAAACCCGGGGAGUUUGUCUUCGAGCCUGGGGGAAAGCCCCACCGCAACCAGGCUCCAUGUAGCAGAUCCCUUGGAGGUUCUCUACGGUCACGGGGAUGCACUCGCUGCCCAGCGUUGUCCCCAGAGGCGGAGGAGGGACGCCCCCGCGCUCGGAAGCGUGGCGCAGUCCAGGCUUCGAGCCGAGAGCUUCCCCACCAUGACCCGCUCCUCUUCUCAGACCCAGCGCAAGAGUAGCUGCCCUGAACUCUGCCUCAAGGACACGCCUCCAUUAGAAGAACGCCCCACGGAGGAGCAUCGUGAUACUGCCGUGCCAACGCUUUCCCGGAAGCCCCAAGGGCAGCCAGAGAGUGCCCCUUGCAGUGGGAAUGGGACGAGCAUCAGUGCCCGAACACACACACAUACUGUUCCACUGGAUCGCUGAGGGGGUUGCGAUGUGUGUCGAGAGGCCUGAUUCAGAGCUGCAUGCUGCCCACCACUGCCAAGAUGUAAACCGUGUUCAAACUGAAGGAGGGGGGCAAUCAAUUUAGAGGACCCUUCAUUAAGAAAGACCUUAGAGGGGUUGUGUGACAUUAGUUACCCGUCAUCCUGCCUAUCAUCCACCUUGAAGACGGACCUCCAAUACGAUUCAAACACUGGAUGGAAAAGUACAACAUUUUGUGACAAAGCCGUGCAAAAUAAGGUUGGGGUCUGUUCUGUGUCAAUCCAGUCAUUUUAGUGUGGAAUGUUAUGAAGUCUGAAAGCAGCUGGAUUGAAAUAAACGACAAAUAUUAUCAAUGUAAAAAAUGUAUAUGUAAACGGUGGUAGGUUUAGAAAUUUGAGGUCAGGUGACAGAGAGUGCCUAUAUAUUCGUGUAUUUAUAAUUUUAACAGGUUAAUCUGAAACCUGACACACUGCACAGGACUGUAUAAUGCUCCAAAGGACAAUACUUAUGUACCAAUGAAUGUAAUAUCAUGACAUUUUACAUGUAGUAAUAAAGUAGUACUUUAUACUCUCCAUAAAUAUUAAAAUUGUACGGUCAAUUGCUAAAAUUAUCAAUGACAGUUACAGUUACAUAAUUUGGACCACAACAUUGCGUUACAAUAAAUGACCGGACUACUUGCGGAAUAAUGAAAGAUGUGAAUUAGAAGCAUAAAACCCAUUGCCAAUGCCAGCGGUCAAUAUAUUUUCGCAAUGGGCAGAUAUCAGGAAAUAUUGACCGGCGAACGUUGGGAUGACCCAUUCAAAUCAACGGUACUUUUUGGAACGUUAUAAAGAGCCGUAUCAUAAGUUGUAUUAAAGUAUACGAUUGGUUGAGUGAUUAGGCUACAUUAGUGCAUGUCUGCAUAAAGUGUUGCGCAGCCAUGUCGGAGAGUGCAGGGCAUACCUUGUUCCACCUAUGUGAAGGGUCAUGUGGAGUGGGCUCAAAGUUAUGUGACAUUCAUAACAAAGUAUUCAUUUAUAUAAAGAAUGUGUGACAUAUUUGUCCAUGACCUUUCGAUUGUAUCUUAUGCAGGACAAUGAUAAUCAGUUCAUUGGAAAUGUUAUAAAGGGUUCAUAAG